AUGAUAGCCGACAUUUCUGGUGUUCGGUCGUUUCUCGACGACGCUAUCAUCUUCGGAAGAACCUGGGAGGAACACAAGGCGUCACUAGACAAGCUACUACAACGUCUAGGGGAAAAUGGGUUCCAUGUCAAGCUGGAAAAGUGCAAUUUCUUCCAAACCGAAAUCAGAUAUUUGGGGCAUAUCGUCGAUCGAAACGGCAUCCGUCCGGAUUCAGAGAAGCUUCAAGCCAUCGCCUCUAUUCCGGCACCCACCAAUGUUUCCGAAGUGCGAUCGUUCCUGGGAGCCGUUAAUUUCUACGGCAGAUUCGUGCGCAACAUCCAUGAACUUCGUCAUCCUCUCGACCAAUUACUCAAGAAGGAUUCGAAGUGGCAGUGGAAUUCCGAUUGCCAACGGUCUUUUGAGCAAUUCAAGCAAGUCCUGCAGUCCGAUAUGCUGCUGACGCAUUACGACCCGAAGUUACCAAUCAUCGUAGCAGCGGACGCCUCCAGCACGGGCAUCGGUGCAGUCAUCUUCCAUGAAUUUUCGAAUGGACAUCUGAAGGCAAUCCAGCACGCAUCAAGAUCCCUCACUCCAGCGGAGAAAGGUUACGGGCAGCCGCAAAAAGAAGCACUUGCACUAAUAUAUGCGGUAACGAAGUUUCACAAGUACCUCCUUUGGCGCAGAUUCACUCUGCUCACGGAUCACAAACCGCUGUUAUCAAUCUUUGGAUCGAAGAAGGGCAUUCCUUUGCACACCGCAAAUCGACUUCAACGAUGGGCAUUGAUGCUUCUCAACUACGACUUCGACAUUCGGCACGUGUCUACCAACGACUUCGGAUGCGCCGAUAUGCUGUCAAGACUCAUCGACCGUUCUAAGCAGCAAGAAGAGGAGUACGUUGUGGCAGCAAUAUCCCUAGAAGCGGUGCUGCAGUUCAUUCGUGAGGGUUGGCCAAACGAUGCACGAUCAGUCGAAGAUCCAGAGAUUCGAGUCUACUUCAACAGGCGGGAGUCUCUCACCAACGUCGAUGGCUGUAUACUGUUCCACGACAGGGUAGUCGUUCCGAGCAAGUUUAGAAGGCAAAUCCUGAAGCAGUUUCAUCGCGGACAUCCCGGCAUGGUACGAAUGAAGUCUAUUGCACGCAGUUUCGUUUACUGGCCCGGAGUCGACAACGACAUCGAGAAUUUCGUCCGGCAAUGCACUCCCUGCUGCACUGCUGGAAAAGCACCAGUCAAAACAACGCUUGAAUCGUGGCCCAUCCCUGAUAAGCCGUGGUCACGCAUCCAUAUUGACUACGCAGGACCUGUGGACGGACCUGGUAGUUGUCACCUGGUAGUACGGGUCACCAAAUAG